UGGCGGCGCGGGGCUCCAGGGACACUGGGCCGAAGGCGCGGUCCGGCGGCUCUGAGCCCCGGGGAAGGCGGGCCAGCCCUGCAGUGAGAGCCUGAUCACAAACUGAUGGGAACGGGUGGGCCUGGAUGAAUUCGGGGAAAGAAAUCGAAUUGGGGCCGACUGUGACUUUCAAAAAACAAACAACCAAAAAAAGCAAAACAAAACCAGAAAACCUAGCGCGUUCAAGUUUUCUGCGGCGCGUGGGAUUAGCCAAGUCUUUGGGGGCAAAAGGAUUCGAAAGCUGAAGGCCUGCUUUGUUUAACUCCUAAUACCCGGGAAAGGCGCACCGCCUUCCCAGCAACCCGGUUUGAAAGGCCUACUUUUCAUUCCAUAGGAGAGACGUUUCUUCCUGCCUUUUCUUUUUCUCUCCAGGGUCUUUUUGGCGCUUCUACUCACGGUGUGUCUGCUUCUGAGGACUUGCGAAUUAAAAGCAUCAAAUGCGUUUAAACCAAAUAUUCUACUGAUAAUGGCAGAUGACCUUGGCAUCGGGGAUCUUGGUUGCUAUGGGAACGACACGCUGAGGCAUGGACGCCAGCGAUGGGUACCGGGCCCUGCAGUGGAACGGGGGCUCGGGGGGACUCCCGGAGAACGAGACCACGUUUGCAAGAAUCCUGCAGCAGCAAGGUUACACCACAGGCCUCAUCGGAAAGUGGCACCAGGGCGUAAACUGUGCAUCGCGUGGGGACCACUGCCACCACCCGCUGAACCAUGGGUUCGACUAUUUCUACGGCAUGCCCUUCACGCUGGUCAGCGACUGUCACCCAGACAGGCCCCCGGAACUGGACGCGGCCGUGAGGGCCAGGCUGUGGCGUUACACCCAGAUCAUGGCCCUGGGGGUGCUGACUGUCAUGGCCAGCAAGAUGACCGGGCUGAUCUCCGUGUCCUGGAAGGCAGUCUUGGGUGCGGCCAGCCUGGUCCUCCUGUUUUUCGCCGCCUGGUACGCCAGCUUCGGGUUUGUCCGCCGUUGGAACUGCAUCCUGAUGAGAAACCAUGACGUCAUCCAGCAGCCCAUGGUUUUGGAAACAGCAGCAAGUGUCAUGCUAAAGGAAGCCAUUUCCUUUAUUGAGAGAAAUAAGCGUGGGCCAUUCCUUCUCUUCGUUUCCCUGCUACAUGUCCACACCCCUCUGGUGACCACAAAAAAGUUCCUUGGGAAAAGCCAGCAUGGCUUGUACGGCGACAACGUGGAAGAGAUGGACUGGCUUGUGGGGGAGAUUCUCAACGCCCUUGAAGAACAUGGUUUGAAAAACAGGACACUCACGUACUUCACCUCUGAUCACGGGGGACAUUUGGAGGCAAGAGAUGGACACGUCCAGCUGGGCGGAUGGAAUGGAAUGUACAGAGGUGGCAAAGGCAUGGGCGGCUGGGAAGGCGGGAUCCGCGUCCCGGGGAUCCUGCGGUGGCCUGGGGUGCUGCCCGCCGGCCGCGUGAUCCACGAGCCCACCAGCCUCAUGGACGUCUUCCCGACCGUGGUGCAGCUGGGGGGCGGCCAGGUGCCCCAGGACAGGGUGAUCGAUGGCCGGAGCCUGGUGCCCCUGCUGCAGGGAGACACUGAGCGCUCGCCACACGAGUUCCUGUUUCAUUACUGCGGGGAGUACCUCCAUGCCGCACGCUGGCACGAGAAGGACAGCGGAAGGCUCUGGAAGGUCCACUACACGACCCCACGCUUCCACCCCGAGGGCGCGGGGGCCUGCUACGGCCGAAGCGUGUGCCCCUGCUCUGGUGACGGCGUGACCCACCACGACCCCCCGCUGCUCUUCGACCUCGCCAGCGACCCUUCCGAGGCCCGGCCCCUGUGCCCCGGCGCCGAGCCCCUGCACCGCGCGGUGCUGGCCAGGGUGGGUGAGGCGGUGCGGGCGCACAGGCGGACCCGGAGCCCUGUGCCCACUCAGCUCGCCCUGGGUCACAUCGUGUGGAAGCCGUGGCUGCAGCCGUGCUGUGGGACCUUCCCCUUCUGCUCCUGCAGCCGGGACGGAGACCCCGGGGAGACGUGACCUCGCCCCCGGCCGGCAGGGCUGUCACCAAAAGGACAGGUGGCGGAACGGAGUGGGUGAGGAUACGGAGAGAACGGGACCCUUGUGCACUGCUGCCAGUGGACACCUGUGGGGAACAGGAUGAAGGGUCCUCAAACCAUGAAAAAUGCAGUUCUCCGAGGACCCAGCAAUCCCCUUUCUGAGUAUGUAUCUGAAGGCGAUGGAAACAGGACACAUUGAAGACGUAUCUGCACCCCCACGUUCAUUGCAGCACUGUUCCCAUUGGCCAAGAUGUGGAAACAACCUAAGUACCUUAUCAAUGCAUGAAUGGAUAAGUAAAUUAAUUAAUUAACUAAUUCAUUUAUAUAUAUUAAAAUUAUAUAUAUAUACACACACAGAUAAAACACAAUGGAAAAUUAUUUGGCCAUAAAAAAGGAGGGAAAUCUUGCCACGCGUGACAACAUAGAUGGACCUUGAGGACAUUAUGCUACGUGAAAUAAGCCAGAGGAAGACAAAUAUUGUAUGAUCUCACUUAUGUGUGGAAUCUUAAAAAAAAUAAUAAUAAAGUUAUAGAUAUGGAGAGUAGAUUGCUGGCUGCCACAAACUGCGGGGUGGGGGAAUUGGGGAGACGUUGGACGUACUUCCAGUUAUAAGAUGGAUCAGUUCUGGGCUUCGGAUAUACUGCAUGGUAACUAUAAUUAACAAGAACGUGGGACCCCCCCGGGUGGUCCAGUGGUUAGGACUCCACGCUGCCACUGCACGGGGCAUGGGUUCGAUCCCUGGUCAGGCGUGCUCCAAGGUACAGCCAAAAAAAAAAGGAUUAAAAAAAGAAAUAAUGUAUUAUUAAGUUGAAGUUUGCUAAGAGAGUAGAUCUUAUGUGUUCUCAUCCCUGACACACAAAGAAUGGUAACCAUGAGAUGUGAUGAGUGUCUUAAUUAACUUGACGGGGUGAUCCUUGCAGGGUGCAGACGUGUAUCAAAUCAUCACAUUGUACACCUUAAAUAUAUACAAUGUUAUGUAUCAAUUACAUAUACUUCAAUAAACCUGGAAAAUAAACUUUAUAAAAGGACAGGGACAGCUCCCCUUGAGGGCCAGAACUAUGAGAGAGGACUCAGGGACCGGGCUGAAAAUAUAUAAACCUUGGUCCUAGCUUAAAUUUCCUUUUCUUGGGGAACAAGUCGUGGUCAAGGAGUGGGUUUCAGUUUUCUCAUCUAUGAAACAAGGGAUCCCAGUGGACACUCAGUAAUGUCCCUCUUGUUUCUCUUCUAAAGCUCCAGGUGGGUGAGAUUCUGAGCUCCCAAUGCAGGGUGCCUGGGUUCGAUCCCUGGUCGGGGAAUUAGAUCCCGCAUGCCACAACUAAAGAUCCUGCAUGGCCCAAUGAAGAUACUGACCUGGCACAGCCAAAAUAAGUCAAUAAAUAAAUAUUUUUAAAUAAAGAAAUAAAUAAAGCUCGGGGGUUACCACAGUGACAAUGUCCGAUUUUUUUACCCAUCCAUCUUGGAGCAUCCUUGAAAUCUCAUUGCUUCCGUGAACAACCCCACACAAUGGCAGGCAAAAGUGUUCAUGCCUACUCUUCAGGCAACAGAGGAAAAGUAAAACAGCUUUGAGUCUGUUCUUUAAUUGCUGAUCUCAAGUCUUCAACCCCACACGUGAGGACCACUGCCCAGGUGUCCUCUUUUCUUCAGUUAGAGAUUACUUUGAGCUGCUAGUAACACACACCAGGAAUACAAAUGCUGUAAAUGAGAGGGAGGCAUGUUAUUUCCCAGAUAAUAAGAGGGAAGCAACCCAGGACUGGCAGCCUCUUUCCAACUCCUUGCUUUACCAUCCUUUGCCUCAUGGUCUUAGCGUGGCUGCUGCUGCUCCAGGCAGUGUGUAGACAUCCCAGGCAGCAGGAAGGAGGAAGGA